UGUGCUUGUCUUAUUGUUAGAAGGCCCCAAGAAGGGUUAAUGAGCAGGAGGAGGAGGAGGAGCCAGGGCCAUGAGCCAAGCCAAGACAGCCAUUCUCAAACUCCUAGGCGCCCAAGUACACCUAUUUAACAAGACUUUCAUGGGUGUUUAGGGCAUUUCCAGGGGUAGUUUCAUGGUCUGAGUGGUAGUUUGAUCCUUCCUUUAUAUCAUGACCCUAAAAAAAUUGUCUAGAGAACCUGAUUUGUCUCCCUCUUUGCCUUUAUAAAUUGUGGGUGUGAGAAUUGGAGGUGUCUGUGUAUACCAGGCCAGAGGGAGGAGGCACAAGACAUCUGUUAAAAUCUAUCUUUCAUGGGUGAUUAGGGCAUUUCCAGGGGUAGUUUAUUGGUCUGAGUGGUAGUUUGAUCCUUCCUCUGUAUCAUGACCCUAAAAAGGCAGUCUUAGGAACAUGAUUUGUCUCAUUUUUAGCCUUUAGAAUUAGUGGGUGUGAGAAUUGGAGGUGUCUAUAUUAAGAAUCCCAAUCUCUAGACCUUCCUGCCCCUUCCCACCUCUCCACUUGUCAGAUAUUCUUCUCUUCCUCUCUCUCUUCUACCCCUUUCCUUGCACACCUUCACACCUGCUUCUUUCAUCACCCUGCCCCGGUUUUUAGUUCCCUUGCAAAGAUGGUGGUGAAACAGACCCCAUCCCACCAUUUGGAAGUACAGCAAAGGGUGGUUGAUAUAUGUGGAAAUCAUAUGAAGGGCAAAGAAAUAACAAGGGGCACCCGCCGCACCCCCGGGAUGUCCAACCCCAAGCACGAUCGGGACAGUGAUCGGGAGUCCCUCACUGACUGGACUCUGGUGGACCGAGAAGGCGAUGCAGAUAAGACAACACAAGAAGCCGCAGGAAAAGAUGAUGCCAAGGACAAGGACAGUGGGGAGUCAAAGUCUUCUCCAGCCAGAAAAGAGAGCAAGAAGGAGAAGGAGAAGGACGAUGACAAGGAGAAGAAAGAGUCUGGUGGUGGCACUGAGGAAGAGGAGGGAGAAGAGCUCUCUGAGGACCUCAUCUCUAUGGGCAAGAAGGUGCAAGAGAUAAAGGGUGAGUCCGUCAAGGCAUCCUCAGGCUCAGACUCCAGUGAUAUUGAGACUCUGGAUUGCCCCAGCCCUGAUGAUUGUUAUGAGGACAGCACCCAGAGCUACAGCUCCCUCCACUCCUCCCUCCUCUCCUCCCUUGGCGGUUUUACCUUUGUAGAAGAAGCAGAUGAGGCUGAUAUUGAGAGCCUUGGCAGCAGCGAUGUCAUGGUGCUGGACCAGGAGGGGAAGGCGCUUGAUGAGGAGACGGACCUGUCCCUUGCGUCUUCACCCUCCCUGCCCGAAGACCUGCCUGCCAUCAAGCCAGACACCCAGUACCGACACACUCCACAGCGGGACCUGAACAGCCGGCUGAAUGUGGUGGUAGCGCUGACGUUGGCCUGCGUGUUGGGCCUUGGGUUGGGGCACUUCCUGGGACUAGUGGCUCUGUCAGGAGAUGAAACAUCAAAAGGGUGGUCAAGCCGCUCCAUGUGGCAGGAAAACCUCAACUCUGCUCAGGUACGUAGGUUGCGAGAGCUUCAAGAUGACUUGCUGUCCUGCAUAAACUCACCCCCCGAGGUAGAGCCGGAGUCAGGGGGACCAGAGUACCUCCCAGCCACCACAUUCAUUCCCGUCCUGGCCGAGGCAGAGGCUGAGAGUACCCCAAAUGUGGAGACCUUUGUGGAGUCCCUUGUGGUGCCCUUGGAGGAGGCUGGGGUGGUACUUGGCUCUGGACAGCAGCAGCACCACCACCAGGGAGAAAUCCAUCACACGUACCACAGACACGUACACACAGAGUCAAUGGAGCCCACAUUUGCAACCCUCGACCUCCUGUACGGCUCAUCGGACCCUGCUCCUGCUAUACCUCGGGAGCAGGAAGCCAGGAUACACUCUGGUCUCCCUGAACUUUCUUCGGCUACCACUGCACCAGAGGAUGAAAUAGUCUAUCCUUUACCUCAACCUGUGCUACCUACAAAGACAGUGGAGCCGACCAUUAAUGAGGAGACAGCCCCCACAGCUUCCCCUAGUAACACCUUACCUCCCAUAGAGAUUAACCCAGAGCAUGAGAGCAUACCCACGGAGGAGCAGGAGCAGCAGCCCAUCGUUCAGUUUGCCAAGGUCUCAGAGGAGGAAGAUGUCCCCCCUCCUGUAACACUAGAGAACUCACAGAUCAUGGAGGCGCUGAAUGUGGAGAAUGAGGAGCUGAGUACUGAGAUAACUCGGCUUCAGCAUGAAAAUCUGUCUCCAAUUAAAAUCAGCGGGAAGGAUGGAAAGGACGCUAGAAACUUACGAGAGAGAAUCACACGGCUGCUGGAGGACAACGAGGAGCUGCGUGUGGCCGUCCUGAGGCAGCAGUUUGACGCCCUGCCGGAGGGAGACACCAAGGCCUUCAACGAUGCUCUCGCCACCAACUUCAAGCUCAGGGUGUCCGUCGGGAAGCUAACGCACCUUGUCCCUGAUCUCACUGCCCUGAAAGAGUCCGCCAAUGAUCUCCAGAAGGAAAAUCAGGAACUCCAGAAGCAAGUUGGAAAGCUGCGAUAUCAGGAGCAACCACUGCCUCAGGAGCUAAAUGUUGUGGCCAGGGAGGUGGAGAACUUGAAGAAGGUUGUUGAUGAAGCUUCAAAGAAAAAGAAAGUUCCCCCUAACUAUGAGAAUGCCAAGCUGUACCUCACCUACAUGUCUCAGGUCCUGCAGACUCUCCAUGAUUUCCAUGAGGGAGGCUUAGUGGAGAAGCUGGAUGUGGCCACUGAUGUGUUUGAGGGGCUCGUGCCUGGCAAUGUGAAGCCGUCUGCUUCUAUUCAGCAGAAGUUGCAUUCUGUGCGUGGCAAGUUCAGGCAGCUGAUGGCUUCUCUGGGGUCAAAGUGGGAGAAGAUAAAAGAGCUGAGUCGGCCCCAGCACCUGACCCAGGUGAGCCAAGACACCCUGGGCAAGAUGAACCGCGUGAUUGUUAAUGUGGUCAACAAGAUGAAGGACAUUGGGCAGGUCAGCAUCAUGAAGAGGGGCAAGGCCUCCCUGGAGAGCACAGCAGCCACCCUGGCCCAGAGCCUGGCUGCCCUUGGCGAACAGUUUGACAAGACCUGGAAGAACCUGGAGAGUGAAGUUGAAGCAGAAGAAAAAGGCAACAGUGACCAACUCUUGAUAGAAGUUGAAGACGAAGUCCAAACUGAGGAAGAGGAAACUGCUGUGGAGGAUACAGAAGGAGGUGCUGAGGACAGAGCGCCGAGAGAUGCAGGAGAUGAAGCCUCCAAGACCUCAACCAACGUCCCCAACAAGUCCAAGAAGGUAGCCGGUAAGAGUGGAGGAUCAGGUGGAGGAGGAAAAGGAGGAGGAGGAAAAGGAGGAGGAGGAGGAGGAAGAGGUGGCGGAAGAGAUGGAGGAGAUGACAAGACUGACCCCGAGGAAAAGGAAAGUACCGAGGAAAAGGCAGUGAAGAAAAAGGAAGAAAAACCCGAUGCCAGGCGUGACAGGUCGAGGAGGAGCCGAAAGAGCGAGAAGGAGGAGAAGAAGGAAAAGAAGGAGGAGCAGAAGGAGAAGAAGGCAAAGGAGAAGGAGGAGAAGGCGAAGAAGAAGAAGGAUAAGGAGAACAAGAAGUCGAAGAAGGAGAAAGACGAGAGCAAGAAGAGUAAAAAGAGCAAGGACAAGGAAGGGUCCAGCCAGAAGAAGGUUGAGGAACAGUCCAGAAAGAGUCCCGAGGAGGAUGAUAAGAGGUACCACAAGGGACAAUACAAUAAAUACGACAAGAAGCAGCAGCAGCACCUUGACGACGAAGAUGAUGAUGUUGAUACCGAUGACAGCAAAAGCGACGACGAGGGGAAACUCACGAGGAAACUCCACACGAAGAAACAUAUUCCCGACGAUGAUGACGAUGACGAUGAUGACGAUGAUGACAAGUACAAGCGAAAGCACCAACAGAAAGUGAUUCAAAAGGAUAACAAAUACGCUGAGGACGAUGAUGUUGAUGAUGAUGAUGAAGAAGACAAAAAGAAGGGGCUGCUGCGACACUGGGAGAAACCGUCGAGGAAAAACUACCGAAGGGAAUAUCCGGGCCCCAAAAAAGCCUUCAUCCGCAGACGGGGUAAGAAUUCAACUGUUAACUUUAGGGAUGAGGAUGGGGAGUGGAUGGGGAGGCGGGCAACGGGCAGGGAGGUAAGGCGGAAGGAGGAGAAAAAGGCGGACUGGGUAUUUGAACGAGCGAAGCACCGUAGUCACAAGAGGGAGGAGGAGCACAAGGCAGAGUGGCUGUUUGAGCGCGCCAGGGACAGGAAGGAGAAGCGGAUCGGAGGUGGAGUAGAGGAUCAGAGGGACGGGAAAUUGGGGAGUUACGAGAAAAAUGGCCACAACAAGCAUGAAGGUUACCAGGCUAAGCGACGCUAUGUUCGGUUUGACGACGAUGAUGAUGAUGAUGAUUUUGAUGAGAAGGAUUAUGAGUUCUACCAUCAGCACCACCACCAUCACCAUCACCACCAUGAGGAAAGGGGGAGAAGGGAGCACAAACACCAUGAUAAUAAGGGGAAGAGAGAAUGGGUUAUCCCGAACUUUAGUGCAACAGGGAAGACCUUCUACCAUUAGCCGAUACAAAAGGUGGUUCUCUCCCUUCCUCCCCCUCCCCUCUCUCCCCCGCUGAGCAGAUCACGCUGUAUACAUUUAGCUUCACUGUGUACUCGUGUAUAUGUAACGCCAUGAUGUACACAUGUAGCAUAAAUAGCAGUAGUAGCACUCAUCUCAUUAGUCAGCCGUGUGCUUAAAAGUCUAUCAUACCAGUUAAUCCCAAGCCACCGUUGCCAGAUUAUCGUACUCAAAGCCUCGUAUUUACCGACUUCUGAUCCUUAACUAUCACCGAAAAAACACCAAUAGUUAACCAUUUCAACAAUAACUACAAAUAAAUCAUGUUAUCGGGGUGGAGGAGAUAGUUUUUGGGUCGUAAAUCGGCAAAUCUAAGAGGCUGCGUACAGUGAUCUGGCAACAUUGUCCCAAGCCUUUCCAGCUGGACAUUAAGUCUUUGCAGCUUGCGUUAGUUUAUUUUUAGCUGCUAAAAAAUAAUUCCUAACUGUAGUAUGCAAGCACUGUUAACUUUGUAUUAUAGUUUCCCAUUCUUCCAUCAGGUAUAGUCAUCUAGUUCACACACCAGCCUUCCAUUCAUCACCCCACGCCUGGCCUCAUCACCACACCUCUUCAACCCACCACCACCUGGCUGGGACCACUAACAUUCAUUUACACACUCAUCAGAUCUUCACCAUCAGUGGCAGCACCCAAAAAAAAAAGUUCCUCAGCUUCCCUCACUCUAUUAAUUCUAAGACCUAUUUUUCUUUUCUCUUAGUACUUCAACUCCUAAAAAUAUCGUCCAUCCUCGCUGUAAUCUCUCCAUUUUUUAAAGCAGUUAUUGUUCCUUUCUCUGGUUCCUCAGUUUCCCUCAGUCUCUCUUAAUUCUAAGACCUAUUGUUGUUCCUUUCUCUUAGUACCUCAACUCCUAAAAAUAUUGUCUCUGCUUGCUGCAAUCUCUCCAUUUUUUAAAGCAGUUACUGUUCCUUUCUCUGGUUCCUCAGCUCCUACAAACAUCCUCAGCUUCCCUCAGUCUCUCCAAUUAUGAAACCAAUUAUUCUUCCUCACUUUUAGUACCUCAGCUUCUACAAAUAUCCUCUCAGCUCCUUUCAGUCUCCUCACUUAAUUUGUAUACGUAUCAUUGUUUCUUUCUCUCAAUAUAACCACAGCUCUUCCAUGCACCAAAGAAGCCUCUCCUUAGAAAAAAUCACGGGGCUGCCACUGUUCACCUUUAGAGUCUAGACUACUAGUAUUAUAAAGUAUCAUUGUUCUCCUUAGCUCUAUCAGUCGAGUCGUGUUUCUCCUGGUGGACCAAUGUGAGUGUUGUCCCAUCCUCCACACAGGGACCUCUGCCUCUGUGUGCACAACAAUGUAACCCAUCGCCUCUUGGCUUGCUUACCAUAUUUAUUUUUAGUGUUUGUUCAGUGUUUUUACAUAGUCAUGCAGAUAACAACCAGCAGCUGUGUGUCAUUCAGUAUUACUUUGUGAUUGUUGGAUUUUCAGGUGACCCAAGAAGAGAUUUGCCAGGUUUAUAUUUGUAUAUGAUGAAGCUCUUGUUUCAUCCCCAUAAUAGUGUUGGCUUCAUGAGGGUCUUUGCCUUCAGUCACAAACUAUGUCCACGGAGCAGAGUUAUUGACUGCAUGGCUGAUGAUGUAGAUUAUAUUACUGUGUUUGUUGUACCAAAUUGAGAGCCUUCCAGACCUGCACAUCAUAUGCUGUGCAGAAGAGUAGUAGACAAAGAACAAGGCCUGUGGCUGUUGUGCCAGAUGUCAGUUCACUGCGGGAGGUUGAUGGAUGUGGUGGCAGGAGGGUGUUUCAAAGGGCUGCAGGGUGUGUAGGUUAUGCCAACAAGGAAUUCAGCACAUGACAGGUUUCUCUUUGGUCAGAAUGGAAUGAAAAACAUUAUCUUGUUCUUCCCUGUUGUAUGGAGUUUCAUCAAAUGUUUCAUGAUUACUGGAGCAUAUCAGUGAUUGGAACAGUGGUCAAGUUUGGUGCAUCAGAAUUGGCAUACUAGAACUUUUUGGAUCCUUCCAUCAGCCACCUCAAGUUUUUAAACUUUGACAUUUUUAUUCCAGAUCACUAAAGUCCUCGAUGCCUUUUGAUAAAUAGUAAUACCAUGUUGGGGCGGAUCUUUACUGCAGAAGGUGCGUCAGUAUAGGAGUGUGGCCCCAGCCUUCCCCUAGCUCACUGGUGAUCUAGAUUAAUGACCCCCUUCGUUAUUAACCUUGUAGUGUGCUGGAGGGUUGAUCUGACCACUAGAGUAGAGAACCUGGCAACUAGUGCUUAUUUUAUACUAGGCUGAACUGACCUCAACCCAAGAUCUCCCCAGCAUCAGUCACCUGCCAGCUGGCAGUUGACUGUCUCAUCUGCUCAACCCACGCUCUAACAGGCAAACAUCAUAGUCACAGCUGUAUAGGGGCCUUUAUAAGCUUGAGCUUGAUGGUGACGCUGACAAAGUGUUGACUUUUGAAGUUCCAUUAGGUUGCAAGUUGUGCAGUUAAUAAGCUUUGAGCCACAACUACAGAGCAGUGAGCACUGUGAUGUACAGUGAGGUGGGGUUUCAUCAUGCUGUAUAUGGUUGUCACAUCCCCAUCAGUAAUGUGCUUUACAGUGCAUAAUUUGUCACUGCACUGUAGGUGAGGGGCUGCCACCACCAAGCUGUACAUCACUGUGUUGCCUCAGCUUCAAACUGUGUCCACGCCCUAGCCCAGUGCUGUACAGCUGACUGCUGAACCAUCUUUGCUAAACAAGAAGGAGAGCCUCUGCAGCAUAGUGUAGCAGCCAUAAUAGCUUGUUGCUGAGCUGUCUUUUUAAAGGUUGUGAGGCGUCUUGGUAAGAGCCUGAACAGACUUCGUAGCCGCAGUGGUGACUUGCAUGGUGUUCGUUGUGGUGUCUCCUGGAGUGUUCCAUGAGUGUGUAUAUAGCUACAUGUGUUCCUUGUUUGUGUCCAGACCAACACUGACCUGCCGCUGCUGAUAGUAAUCCUGGCCAUCCAGUUGACCAGCAGGACAUAGCUUUAACAGUAGAGGCCCUAAUCUUUAUAGACCAUGUGAAGUUCAAUGAUAAUUUUAGAACACAAUGUUCAUAACACAGAUAAUGUUUGUCCAUAGUAUACCUAAGCCCUCUGUUAGUUUAUACUGCCAUUGUUUGUUCUGUUCCUACUAAAGUUUAUAUAUUUUGGUUUUGCGUACUUGUCAUCGAGGGAGUGUUUGGGUUAAUUAAUAUCACCUGUGAGAAUCAAUGCAAACAGCGAUACGCCUCCACACAUGAGCUUGACAAUGUAGCACAAAGGAUUGAAGCUUCUGUACUUCCUAUAUAACUUUUUUUUUCUGCUAGUCAAGUCAUUCGCCCAUCAUCUGUACAUGGCAUGAACAAUGUCAGUAAAAAUCAUAAAUUAAAUGGAUAUUUUAUUGA